AUGGAAAGCCAGAGAAAUGUCUCAGAAUUCAUUCUUUUGGGACUUUCUUCUGACAAAAACAUACAAAUAUUUUGCUUUGUUCUAUUCUUAUUCUGUUAUAUUUCCCUCUUGGUUGGAAACCUUCUGAUCCUUGUUUCCAUUCUAAGCAGCAUCUUUUUUCACCAACCAAUGUACUAUUUCCUUAGCCACUUAGCCUCUCUGGACAUCUGUUAUACUUCUAGUGUCACACCCAAACUGAUUGGUGAUCUCUUACUGGGGACAAAAUCCAUCUCCUUUGGUAAUUGCAUGUUACAGGUAUUUACCAUACACUUCUUUGGCAGUAUUGAGAUCUUCAUUCUUACUGCCAUGGCCUUGGACCGCUAUGUUGCUAUCUGCAAACCUCUCCACUACAUGAUAAUCAUGAACAGAACAAGAUGUAAUCUUCUUGUCUUAGCUGCUUGGGUUGGUGGGGCAGCCCAUUCCCUUCCUCAAUUAUUUAUGGCAAUCCUGUUACCCUUUUGUGGUCCUAAUGAAAUUGAUCACUAUUUUUGUGAUAUCUUCCCUUUGCUAAAAGUUGCCUGUACUGAUACCCACAACACUGGUAUUCUUGUGCUUGUCAAUUCAGGUAUGCUUGUCUUAGCAACGUUUGUUCUCUUGUUUGGGUCUUAUGUCAUUAUAUUAUCUAGUUUAAGAAAUCACUCAGCUGAGGGAAGACGCAAAGCCUUGUCUACCUGUGGCUCCCAUAUCACUGUGGUAGUCUUAUGUUUUGCUCCUGCAAUCUUUGUCUACCUUAGACCUCCUACCACUUUCCCUGAGGAUAAAAUAUUUGCACUAUUUUAUACCAUCAUUGCCCCUAUGUUCAAUCCCUUAACCUAUACCCUGAGAAAUACAGAGAUGAAAAACGCCAUGAGAAAAGUUUGGUGUCAAGGUUAUUUUCAAAAGAAGCUCACAAUUAAUUGGUGA